UCUAAUAAUAAGCACAAACCACACCUUCAUAUUCCAUCACACACCUUUAGCAUAUACAUAUAAGUGAAUAUCCACUAAAUAAGCCAUGGAGAAGAAAUCAAUCGCUGGAUUAUGCUUCCUCUUCCUUGUUCUCUUUGUUGCUCAAGAAGUUGUGGUGCAGAGUGAGGCAAAGACUUGCGAGAACCUGGCGGAUACAUACAGGGGUCCGUGCUUCACCACUGGGAGCUGCGAUGAUCACUGCAAGAACAAAGAACACUUGCUGAGUGGCAGGUGCAGGGAUGAUGUCCGGUGUUGGUGCACCAGAAACUGUUAACUGGAUUCUCUCCAAACCUAGACAAACGUGCAUGCAGGGCAUUUUAUAAAUAAAACAACCAUAUAUAUAUAUACAAUAAGCCUUCUACUGCAUCUAUAUAUCAACUUUGUACUGUACUAUUACUUUCGUGUCAGAACUAUGUGUGUAGUCUCUGUGACUCUGCAUAACAGCAAGCUGAGUUAUGCACUUAUGAAUAUAUAAUCAAUAAAGUUCUUAUGAAUCAUGAAA